AUGUCCUACCAACGACCCCAGGACCCUUACAUGCACUCCAACGCCUCUCAGUACGACGAGCGUUACCAACAGGGUGCCUACCAGCAGCAAGGCUAUGGCAACCAGACCCCUAGCGGCUACCGUGACUACCCUGACCAUGCCUCGGGCUACCAGGGCUCCUACAAGGAGUCCUCUGAGGGCCUCUACAGCAGCCAGGCACCUGGUGUAGGUGCAGGUGCGGGCUAUGGCCAGCAGCGCAACGCUGCUAGCAACGCCGCCGCCACCUACUCGUACGCCAAGCCCAAGCGCGGCGUCUCCAAGUGGAUCAAGUUUGGCAUUCCCCUGCUCAUCCUUAUUAUUGCUGGUGCUGUUCUCGGCGGUAUCUUCGGCGCGCGCGCCUCCAAGAACAACAACAACAACAACAACUCGUCCAGCGGUAGCAGCAACAGCGGCAGUGGCAGCAUCGGCAGCGGCUCGACGCCCAACGUCCAGGGUGCUGCCCUCUCCGCCGCACAGCAGGCUGCCAAGAACGGUGGUAACAACAUGCUCUUCUACCAGGGCACCGACGCGUACGGAAACCCUUCCUAUGUUUCGACGUACGUCGACACUUCCGCGCCCAAUUACAACGGUGCCGCUCACAACCAGUCGUGCUCCGACUCGUGGUCCGCCACCAACAGCCUCACCAACCUGCGCCCUCACCCUCGCAUCAUGACCACCAAGGCCGAGUGGGACUGCUUGCCCAACAAGAUCGCUAACGACGCCUACCUUACCGUGUGGAACACCACCAUCUUCAACAACGCUACUAAGUGGGCUGCGGAGCCUUUCGUCGCCUACGUCGCCGACGGUGGCUUUGAUGGUUCCGGUAUCCUCGACGUCAGCCGAGCCAUUCAGAUGCGUGUCAAAGCCUGGGCUUAUGCUUACAAGCUGUCGAACAACACCAUGUGGAAGGACCGUCUCUACGCUGAGCUCAACAAUGCUGCCGGCAACACCAACAACGAAUUCGGUCAAAACGGCACCCGCUGGAACUCCGCCCACUUCCUCGACACGGCCGAAAUGACCUCUGCCUUCGCCAUGGCCUACGAUUGGCUCUACAACGAUUGGAAUGUCACCCAGCAGGCCAUGAUCCGCAACGCCAUCGUCCAGUACGGUCUCUGGCCCGGUCUCAACCAGUACGCCACUGACAGCGGUUGGUGGAAGUUGCCGAACAAUGGUGACGGUAAUUGGAACUGCGUCUGCAACGGUGGUCUGCUCACCGGUGCGCUCGCCAUCCGCGGCGACGGCGAUGCCAACGCCACCGCCACCGCCGACAACAUCAUCAAUUUGGCGCUCACCAACAUGAAGGCGAACUGCAUGCGAGGCGCCUACGACGACGGCACAUGGUCCGAGACCGCCAAUUAUUGGUACUUUGGCACCAACGCCCAAGCUCGCGCCCUCUCCGCCCUCAUCUCGGCUACGGGCACGGACCAAAACCUGAUGGCGCAGAACCCCAACUGGUACAAGACCUCGGCCUUCCACAUGUACGUCUCGGGCCCCGGCGGUCUCUUCGCCUACGGUGACAACGGCCCCAACAAGUUUGCCACCACGGCCAACCAGCUUAUGCUCUACUCGAAGCUGUCGGGUGAUGCCCGCCCUGCCGUCUACCAGCGUGACCGUGCCGACGCCUCGUUUGACCCUUUGAGCAUGUUCUGGUACGAGCCGACCGCCAAAGGUGCUUUCUGGAACGGCCUUCCGCUUGACCGGUUCUUUAACGAUGUCCGCGGAUCGUGGGCCAGCAUGCGCAGCUCGUGGACCGACCCCAGCGCUGUAUUUGUCGGCAUCAAGGCCUCGAACCUCACCGGUCACCAGACGCAUGGUGAUCUGGAUGCCGGUGACUUUGUGCUCGACGCGUUAGGAACCCGAUGGGCUGGCGAGUACGGCAGCGGCAACUACCUUUCGACUGACUACUUCAAGAACGAGACGCAGGAUUCGGCUCGAUGGACUUACUACCGCAAGGCCACCGACGGCCAGAACACGUUGACAAUCAACAUGCAGAACCAGAAUGUCGCCAACUGUCUCCCUACCAACCAGUUCAACACGACGGGUGUUGCGCAGAGCGGCGACCUCAGCUUCAAGCCCGCCACCACGGACGCCGUGCAGUUCAUCAGCGACUUGAGCAGCUGCUACAGCCAGCCCGCCGGCACAGUGCAGCGCGGUAUUCGCAUGCUCAACGGCCGCCGACAGGUGCUUGUCCAGGACGAGAUUGCCCAGUCGAGCCAGAUCACCGACGUGCAGUGGCGCGUGCAAACCAACGGCACCGUCACAGUCUCGUCGGACGGAAAGACGGCCACGCUGACGCAGAGCUCCAUCACCGACCCCAACGCCGCUACAGGCCUCAAGGUCAGCCUUGGCGGUACCAAGACGAUGAAGGUACAGAUUCUGAGCCCUUCAAAUGCCGUCUUCACCACGGAUGGCCCUCCCGCCACCCGUAUCUACGGCAUUGCUGUCUCCAGUGCGGCUCCCGAGGACUCGGACAUCCCCAACACGGGCGUGACUGCGCUGCAGAUCGAGCUGGGCGGCACUCAGUCUGGCUCGCAAACGGUGCAGGUGCUGUGGCAGCCGCAGUGGGACUCGCUCUCGGCCGCCGACCAGGCUACGCCCAAAUCGGUUCCGCUCAGCCAGUGGACGCUGACCUCGCACAACUAG